GACGGAACCACUUCACUACGGAGGAGAUGGUUCAUUCCAUUGAUUGAGUGGGGGUUUGGCGAAGACGAAGCCCUAGCGAUGGAUCUGCGGUUCCGAUCGUACCAAGAAUUCUUCGCCGCCGUCCGAUCGGGGGACGCCGGCGAAGUGCGGCGCCUCGUCGAGGGGGCCGACGGCGAGGGGGACGGCGCCGGCGCCGCGCUGUUGGCGGCGCAGACGGAGGCGGGGGAGACGGCGCUGUACAUCGCGGCGGAGGGCGACAUGGCCGAGCUCGUGCGCUUCCUCCUCCCGAUCUACGACUACGCCGCCGCCACCGUCCGAUCCCGCCUCGACCUCGACGCCUUCCACGUGGCGGCCAAGCAAGGCCACUCCGGGAUUGUGAAGGAAUUUUUAAGCCGAUGGCCCGAACUGUGCAAGCUGUGCGAUUCGUCAAACACUAGCCCUCUUUACUCUGCUGCUGUUAAGGACCAUGUGGAUGUUGUUAACGCCAUAUUGGACGCUGACGAGAGCUCGAUAAGGAUCGUGAGGAAGAACGGCAAGACCGCACUUCACACAGCCGCGAGAAUCGGCUACCUUCGCAUAGUGAAAGCACUUAUAGAAAGGGAUCCUGGAAUCGUUUCGAUCAAGGACAAAAAGGGGCAAACCGCACUCCAUAUGGCCGUCAAGGGAAGGAAUACCGAUGCAGUGGAGGAGCUCUUGUUAGCUGAUAUCUCUAUCCUUAAUAUGUGCGACAAGAAGGGCAAUACGGCUUUGCACAUCGCGACCAGAAAAUGGCGCCCUCAGAUGGUGCAACUUCUUCUGAGCUACGAAUCUAUUAUAGUCAAUGCUAUCAACAAUCAAAAUGAGACAGCUAUGGACUUGGCUGAAAGAAUCCCUUACGGUGAAUCCCAAAUGGAGAUAAUGGAAAGAUUAUCUGAAGCUGGCGCCAAAAAUGCCAGAAACGUCGGCCAAAUCGACGAGACAUCAGAGCUGAGGAGAACAGUGAGUGACAUAAAGCACGAUGUCCAGAACCAGCUCAUUCAGAAUGCCAAAACAAACAAACGAGUCACGGGUAUCGCAAAAGAGCUGAAAAAGCUUCACCGAGAAGCCGUUCAGAAUACCAUUAAUUCUGUAACUAUGGUGGCUGUUCUAAUUGCCUCUAUUGCCUUUGUUGCCAUAUUUAACUUACCCGGACAAUACUAUCAAAGUGGCGAGGCCAAUAUAGCCGACGUCAUGGGCUUUCGCGCCUUCUACCUUCUAAAUGCCACUGGUCUCUUCAUUUCUCUUGCAGUGGUUGUGGUUCAGAUCACUUUGGUUGCAUGGGACACUGGUGCUCAGAAACAAGUCGUAUCGAUCAUGAAUAAGCUCAUGUGGUCGGCUUGUCUUAGCACCUGUGCAGCCUUUCUCUCAUUGGCUUUUGUGGUUGUGGGGAGCGAGUCGUGGAUGGCCGUUACAGUAACAUCAGUGGGAGGGCCCAUACUGGUCGUGACUUUGUUAAUUUUGGGGUAUUUCGUGCUUCGCCAGCGGUUCAAGUUCGGUGAGGAUAAACAGAGGCGAAUCAAACGGGCGAGCGGGAGCAAGUCGUUCUCAUGGUCUUUCCAUUCAGGCUAUUCGGACCCGGAUGCCUUAUCGGAUCACGAGAAGAAGAUAUAUGCACUGUAACUCUGUUUGUAAAUGUAUCAUUAGAAGAUCUAGGUAUGUAUGUUGUUAUCUUCCUAUGGUAUGAAGAAUAAAAAAGCUUAGGGACUCUGCAUGCUAUAGCUUGUUCUGUAUAGGCUAAGCUAAGUUUUUUUUUAAUCAGCAACCCUCAAAAACUUUCUGAUUCUGAGCAUUUCCUUCUUUUUAAGUAGAUUUGCCACGAAGAAUCAACAACAAUUCUAGCAUGCCUUACAGCAUGAACGAUGCUUCUGCUCGGAUUUACCAUUAGUUUUUACGGCAAAUCUGGUAGAAUAGAAGGAAAUGUUGAAUUGAGACAGAAAAAGUUGAGGAAAUGUUGAUUAAAAUUUAACUUCAAGGGUUCCUCUUAAAGGCCACCUUUGGUUGUGUG